GUCCGUAUCGAGGGCUUCACACAGAAGAGGAAAUUCGAAAGCGUUGAAGGAUGAGAGCGUUUUCCCAACUCCAAAAUGGUCACUUCUGCACUUCCAGUCUCCUCUCAUUCUGCUUUAGCGCCGAUCCCAACCACGGAUCCAAUGUACCCUGUCGCCUCACUUUUGCCUCUGCUGCUACCCCCGCCGCCACCUUGUCGUCUUCCGCCGUCUCCGCAGACAUCAACAAGCCGCUCGUUGUCGUCGGCUCAGCAAACGCCGACAUAUACGUUGAGAUCGAUCGCCUUCCCAAACAAGGCGAGACCGUAGCUGCCCGCGACGGCCAGACCCUCGCUGGCGGGAAGGGUGCGAACCAGGCAUGCUGCAGCGGUCGCCUUGCGCACCCGACCUACUUUGUUGGCCAGAUUGGCGACGAUGCCCAUGGACGACUCAUUGAGGACGCGCUCCGCCUUGGUGGCGUUCGGCUUGACCGCCUUGCACGCGUCGUCGCGGCCCCUACUGGCUUUGCUGUAGUCAUGCUGGAACCCGAUGGCCAGAACUCUAUUAUCAUCAUCGGAGGCGCAAACAUGCGGGGGUGGCCGGAGAAGGUACGUCGGGAGGAUCUGAAGAUAGUGGCCACUGCAGGUGUGGUGCUGCUUCAGCGGGAGAUCCCGGAUCGAAUCAACAUCCAAUUUGCCGAGGCUGCCAAAAAUGCCGGUGUUCCAGUAAUUCUAGACGCAGGAGGGGUGGAAGGUCCAAUUCCAGAUGAACUCCUAAAAGCUGUUGACAUUUUGAGCCCUAAUGAAUCAGAGUUGGAACGUUUGACUGGAAUGCCAACUGAGACCUUCGAUGAAAUUACUUUAGCUGUAAUGAAAUGCCAUGAAAUGGGUGUGAAGAAAAUCCUCUUAAAACUUGGGUCCAAAGGAUCAGCUCUAUUUGUAGAAGGGGAAAAAGCAUUACGACAAGCUGCCAUCCCAGCUUCUGAAGUCGUCGACACAACCGGUGCUGGUGAUACCUUCACUGCUGCUUUUGCAGUGGCUCUUGUUGAGGGCUUGAGCUUGAAGGGCUGCUUGGAAUUUGCUGCUGCAGCUGCUUCACUUUGUGUUGAAGUGAAGGGAGCCAUUGCAAGCAUGCCUGAGAGGACGGCUGUUUUAGAGCGACUUCAAUCUGUUGAUGCAAAAGGCCUUCAUGCAAGCUAUUGAUAAUGGAGGAAGAGGAACUGUUCUUAUAUUGAGAAUAAAACUCUGAGGUGCUGUUGGGAUUGUGCAUAAAAACAACUGUAAGUUUAUUCCAAUUAAAUAAUUUCAAAACUCAGUCUCAUUUAGAUUUCAUUUGAGACGGCUUUCUUAUUGCUUUUUAGAAAGCCAUCACAAAUGAAGACUUAGCCAUAUUUUUUCUAAGUUUAUGCCUGAAAAUUAACAGAUAUUCUAAUAAGAGGGAGUGGUGGAAUAAAGUGAAUUCCUCAAGAUUAAA